AACAGUUUGUAAACAAAAGGAACCCCUAAUCGAUAAACAUUUGAAUGGAUAAUUGCUAUGGCCACCAAGAGUUUGACCAAAGAAAGUGCUAAAGACCAUUGCCGUAUUUGUUUGCGUUUUCUAAUUGCUUGCAAGAAUAGCGACAGUACAAUUAGAGUAGAUGACGAGAUUAUGCUGAAAAAUAAACAAAUUUUCAUUGACAUGAAUACAAAUCGCGAUCUACAAAUGUUUAUAACUAAAUUGCUCAAUAUGAAAGGAAUUGAAUACCCGUGCCUUGACUUGGAAUAUCCUCAAAAAAUGUGCUUUGAUUGUUUUGAUAAAUUGCAAAGCUUUGAAAGGUUUUGUUUGAAAGCGGUCAAGAGCGCAGAGAGGCUGCAUCUUUUGUUCAAAAGAGGUGGCAGCAGAACAGAAUGCAAUAGUAUGGUAAUUAAAAGAGAAAAUGAUUGCAAUAAUAAAAGCAAUACAUUUAUCGUAGAUUCAAAUGAAAGGCCUAAUGAAAUGUACAAUUUAUUGGACGGUUUAAUGGAAACUGAAUCCAUAUUAUUAAACUCAGAGACCUUGGAGAAAAACAAUAUAAGCGCUCCAGUAGAUCCCGAUCCCUUUGAACAGAACUCCAUAGAGCAGCGACAAACCAGAAGUAAAGCGAAGAAAAAGAAAUUGGAAUCAAAGAAGCCUAUAAUUGAAUCCGAGAACAGUGAAGAAUUUGAUUGGCUUCAAAAGAGUAUUAGUUUCUCUGAUGGCGACGAAGUCCUAACGAAGCCAAUUGCACAAAGCGAUAAAGCUGAAGAGGAGUUGAUCGAAGCAGAGAUAGAAAAAGACGAUAUAAAAACUGAAGAAGAUUUCGGCAAAGAUUCCGAUUUUGAAUCCGAAAACGUACCAAAGAAAACGCGACGAAAACGAAGAACAAAAAGGGAAAUGGAAGAACUACGAAGAUCUCAAAAUAACGCUGUUAAGCGACCGCCUAGACGUGUUAAGGGUUUAAAGAAUAUUUACAAAUGUCAACAGUGUAAUCAUAGUUUCGCUCACAAAAUCACGUUGGAUGCUCAUGUUCGUAAGAUACACGAGGGACAGAAGCAACCAUUUAAAUGUGAUCGCUGCGAUAAAGCUUACACAUUUGCGGGUGGUCUUUAUACUCAUAUUAAGGAAUACCAUGAAAACGAAAGUCGCGCCUUUAGAUGCGAUUAUCCUGAUUGCGAUCGAGUAUAUACCGCAUAUAUAACCUUGCAGCGACACAAACGUUUAAAACAUAGCGAUACGCCGCCUGAAAACCUUUAUGUGUGCGAACACUGUGGUGCAACAUUCAAUCAAUCCGCCAAUUUGAAAUACCACAUGAAAACCCGUCAUCCCACCGAAGAACAAUUGGCCGCUAAAGCUCAAAUUAAGGAACGUUUUGAGUGUGAUGUAUGCCAGAAACUAUUCCAUUCCCGUUAUACAUUAAAAUAUCAUAAACUGCAGUUGCACUCAACCGACAUGAACUAUGAGUGCAAAGUAUGCGGACGGCGUAUGGCCAAAAAAUUUAUGCUGGUUCAACACAUGCUUGUCCAUUCCGACGAUACAGAGAAAAUGCCCUGCGAAAUGUGUGGUAAAAAAUUUAUACGCAAAUUCGAAUUGGAAUCCCAUGUAAAGGCAGUUCAUAUGAAACUGAAGCCUUUCGAAUGCCAAUAUUGCUCAGAGUGUUUCGCUACUCGGAAAACAUUACGCCAUCACGAGUAUAUACAUACCGGAGAGAAACCGUAUGUGUGCAAUAUAUGUGGCCAAGCGUUUCGACAACAAACUUGCUUAAAAAAUCAUCGUAAAACGCAUGAGAAAAUCAGUGGCACAGAAAAUUUGUAUACUAGCAACCUAAACCGUAGCUUUCUAAGUAAUCUGGCACAUCAAUCUUCCCCAUCCGCCUCUAGUGCUUCAAUUUUAAAAGGUAGUUUGACCUGAAACUAUCAAGACACUGUACUUAAUCUUAAGUGAGAAGUGUAACUUAGAAAAUAAGAUUAGCUUAAUUAGAGGAAAAAAU